AUGAGUAAAGCUUCUGCCGUACCUACUUCCGACGAUACAGUUAUAUCGGUACCAACUGAAAAUCCAACUAACCAAGAUAUGGACGCAACUUCUGAUACAUCUACACAAGAAGGGAACGCUUCUGAAACACCUCUAGUUUUACCAGAUGAUUUGCAGAGGAUUCAUGAUAAAUUGUCUACAUCGUCGCGUUUAUUUUACAACAAGCUUAGCAAUGAAGACAGAUUUGAAUACCUAACUUCAGUUCGAGAUGUGCUUCGAGAUGAAACUAGGAUAUAUC